AUGCAAUCAGCGGGAGUGCCAACAUUUGAUGAAUACCCAAAAUUCACCUCUCUUUAUCCGAUGAAGUGCGGAAAUGCUGAGAAGAUCCACGAUUUGGUUGGAGUAGCAGCAAGGUGCAUGCCGGACAUGAACGAUAUAAUUAUAGUGUCGGAGGACGACCAACUUUCAGCGGAAUUUUGUUCGAGAGUGCUAAUUUGCAAACCUGGUCAAGGCAAUAUGAUGUGUGAGAAGUCAAGCAUAAAAAUAUGGUUCCCUUCUACUAAGAAAUUGGUGGACAAGAAUGAAGAAAAGCAGCUAGAUUACGAGAAUAUAGGCGUAGAAAAAGGUGAAAUCAUCGUCAAUAUAGAUCCAAAAUGCGAAUUGCUACUGCAGGGAUCUCAUACAAUGCGCCAUAGGUUUCAAAAUAAACCUAAAAAAAUUCGCGAAAUGAUGAAGAAAUAUCCAGGUUUUUACUUACAACCUGUAUUCCAUCAUCCACGGAGAUUGUACCGCGGUGGUAAUUCAAUCUUUAUUGGCGAACCUCGUCUUUGGAUGGGGGAUCGUGAAAUACUGAAAUCAAAGGAUUGUAAUGCUGAAUGUGAUGAAGGCCAAUUGCACUAUUUUGAAAUGGACGCACGCAUGCCAUUCUAUUCAAAGAUUUUUGUAGAUGGUGCUAAAUGUGACUGGUUCAAGAUUUGCAUACAAGGAAAAGAAGGGGCUGCGAAAAAACGCUACUAUUGUAAGGAUGCAGACAUGAUCAACGUUUUCGUAAGAAAUGGUUUUGUCGUCAUGCCCAAAGCUCGUAUGUUUUUAUAG